GGCGAGUGGCGGUGUUGGGGAUGAAGUGUCUCAGCGAAUCGCUCAAUCCCACAUGGCAUUCACUAACCUGAUACACUCGUGGCGCCGCAACGACAUCAGUCUAAGGCUCAAAGGCCGUGCGAUCCUGCUGUACGACUGCAAGACUUGGCCUGUCCGUGUAGAAGAUCCGAAACGACUAGCAUCUUUCGACAACCGUUGCUUGCGAACGAUCUUUUGUGUGUGGUGGCAACACCACGUAAGCAACUGGGAAGUUAGAAGCCGAGUACUCAGUGAAAGAUCUCAGUCUCCAUGGUAUUAUUCUCGAACACCGUUUACUUUGGAUUGGUCACCUUUUGCGCAUGCCACCUAGUCGACUUCCUCGCCGAGCAUUAUUUUUAAUUCCCGGGCGUGAGUAGAGAAAAUGCCGGGAUGGACAACUCAUGACGUUGAAGAGGAACAUCAAGAAU